AGAAAUCAAAGUCACGCGAUCAAGGCCAGUAACUGGCAGCGAAGGUACUUUAUUCGAUUCUUUCGCGGUAUGCCUUGCGCUUGUGGAGCUGUCUAGACAUCUAAAGUGUACCACGAAAGUUGAAUGGAAAGAUUGCCCCCAAACACGAUCACAGAGAAGGAAAUCCUUCGUUUUCAAGAGGAUGGGGCUCUUUGUUUAAGAGCUGUUUUCAGUCAUAGAUGGAUUGAUCUCUUGCGAAGAGGGAUUGAAUUCAAUAGGCUCCACCCAUCCGAUAUGACAAGACGUAAGGGCCACACGCCUCUCUUCUUUCACGAUUACAGCAACUGGAAAAAUAUUCCUGAAUACGAGGAGUUCAUUCGCCAUUCCCCAGUUGGCGAAAUAACAGGACGACUUCUUCAGUCUUCGGUAGCUGCGCUGUAUUCCAAUCACGUGAUUGUGAAAGACAGCGGAUCAACCAAACAAACUCCAUGGCACCAGGAUCAGGCUUAUUAUGAGAUUGAUGGAAAACAGGUUUGUUCUGUGUGGCUCCCAGUGGACCCAGUCUCCGAACACACCUGUCUUCGUCUUGUGAAAGGUUCUCACAAGUUUCCACAUUACUUUAAACCUGUUCAUUUUGACGGCCCUCCUUUUACGUCCUACGAAACAAAGCCUGGAAAAGAAAAGAGAGCUGAUGAAUUUCUUUCGACACCAGAUGUUGAUGGAAACGACCAAUAUCAAGUCUUGUCCUGGAAUAUGGAGCCGGGAGACUGCAUUGUUUUCCACAUGAAAACAGUUCACGGUGCGCAUGGCAAUAAUCUAGAGACGCCUCGACGAGCUUUCUCUACACGAUGGCUGGGAGAUGAUGCUGUUAAAGGAGAACGACCUUGGAUAAAUCUACCACCAAGUAACGAGAUCAGAAACUUGAAAAUAGGAGAGAACCUCAUUAAGUCGGGUGCAUUCACUGUUACUUGGACCGUAUAGAGCAAUUUUUAAUAGAAUGUCGAUAGUAAUCCGA